AAGCGUAAGGCAAGACAGAGCACUCCCGAUCCCCUCUCCGCAUCCGACGGCCUAGUGUCUUCCCUAGCCAACCUCUCUCCAUCUCAGCCGUCCAUCGGCUGAAUCCCGCUCCCCUUUAUUUAUUCCUCCCAUCAAUAAUUAAUUUAGUGUUAUAAUGUCCGUCCCCCCUGGCCGAGGCGUUGUUGUGUUGUUGAGUUCUAAGUUCGCAAAUCCCCCACGCCUCACCCUUUCUUCUAUUCCUCUCUCUCUCCGGUCGUCGCAUUGCCGGCAUUGCGAUCGCCGGCCGGCCUGCGGGGCAAUGAUGAUGAGGAGGGUGGCGGCGUCGCUGGUGCCGCCGUGGCUGGAGCCCCUACUCACCACCCCCUUCUUCGCCGCCUGCCGUUCCCAUUCAGACGCCGCCCGCAGCGAAUGCAACAUGUACUGCCUCGAUUGCUCCACCUCCUCCGGCGGCGCCGCCGCCGCUUUCUGCUUCUACUGCCGCACCGACCGCCACUCCGGCCACCGGGUCAUCCAGAUAAGGCGGUCAUCGUACCACGACGUGGUGCGGGUAGCGGAGAUCCAGAAGGUUCUGGACAUCACCGGGGUGCAGACGUACGUGAUCAACAGCGCGCGCGUGAUCUUCCUCAACGAGCGUCCCCAGCCGCGUGCCAGCUCCAAGGCCGCCGCCUCCCCCCACACGUGCGAGAUCUGCGCCCGCUCCCUCCUGGACCCCUUCCGCUUCUGCUCCCUCGGCUGCAAGUUGGUGGGGAUCAAGAGGAACGGGGACGCGAGCUUCGUGCUGACGGGGGGCGGGGAGAACGAUGAGGAGGCGCGAGAUAGCGGGAUGGCGGCGGAGGAUACCACGCGGUUACCUGACCGCGGAGAGGGAUCGCGUGAGGUGGCGAGGCACAGCAUCGGACUCCCCGCGCCUUCUUCUUCUUCGUCUUCGUCGUCUUCUUCUUUCCCCAGCUCGAGGAGGCGAAAAGGAAUUCCCCACCGCGCCCCUUUUGGCUCCUGACAGCGAAAAAGGUUCCAAGAUUUCUCCUCUCCCUUACCGUCCAUACAGGGGAAAAAUAAAUAUAUAAAAAAAAAGGUAAGGUUGGUUAUAUUUGAUUAACAAUGUAAGUUGAGUUACGGAAUGGGAUGGAUGAUUUGAUUCUAUUUUUAUACUAUUCUCUCUUGUGGUUCCAUGAGAAGGAACUAGUGAAUGAAUGAAUGAAGGAAUGAAUAAAGAUUGGAGGGGAUUGUGGGGCCUCUAAGCCGUGUGGUGUGGUGUCAAAUUGGAAUAAAUAUGGUUGGGGUCCAGCAUAGCUCAAAACCACCACAUGGAUGGUGAUUGGGUUGAGGGUGGGGCUCCUAAGCUCUCAUUUCAGCACCCUAGCCCUUUGUCAACUUUAUGGGUUGUUGAUUGGGUUUGGAGAAACCCAUGCUUCCUUGGGGCCCUCUCCCCAACGAUAAUUCCAUGCGGCAUCACCUCAUCACCCACUCAACUUUCCAUCCGACGUGGCAGGAGGGGAUACGUUCAUAGAGCGACGCAUCCGUGACAUUGGAUGGGUGACCUGGCGGGUGAUGUCCUGGUGCUGCUUUUGCGUAUUUUCCGUCCUCGAUUCCUCCUUCUAUGUUAAAUUUAUGAACUGGCUUGUGGAAGGUUGGUACCCCUUUUCAAGGACCACUGUGGGACCUUGGGGAAAAGAGGAGGAAAUGGGGAGGAUCAAUGCAACGUGGGUGCUAAACAAAAUGGUGAUGGUCGCUUUUGGUGUUUCCCAUGGGGUAUUCUAGUUCUAUUGCUUGUCCUUGAAAUGCGUCUUUUUGCCCUCUACGACAAGGUUACGGCACUGUUAAGGCUGUUAGAUGUCCAUCAAUCAGAGCUAAGAUUCUUCCA